AUGCUGGUCCUUUCUUCUGGAGCUGCUGGAGGUACUGGAGCUACUGGAGGUACUGGAGCUGCUGGAGGCACUGGAGCUGCUGGAGCUGCUGGUUCUGGUGCAGCUGCGCCGACACGACUGUUCUUCGCUCCGCCGUCUCCGUCGUCUCUGCCGCCGUCUGCCUCUGUUCUUCGUCAGGUUCUUACUCUUCCGUCGUCUACUGGUCUUCCGUUACAGACUGGCUCGCCGCUGCCUGCUCCUUCUCCUUACGCUGAGCUGACUGGUAGUCCUGCUGUGCGUCGUGAGCCUGCGUCGCGUCCUGUCUCGCCUGCUCGUCCUGGUCGUACCGGUCCUCGUGUUCCUCGUUCGCGUCCACCGGCUGUCCCCAGCGCACACCUCGUAGUCCGUCGUCCUUCCUCUGUUCCGCAGCCUGUUCCUCUGCCGUCUCCUCCUGCGUCCUCUUUGCCUGACGUUCCGGACCCUGCGUCUGACCGGUUUCGUGCUCAGCACCCUACUGUCACGCGUCUACUAGCCACAGUUGUCACUGACCCGUCGUUUGAGUCUGCUGCUGCGUCUGCUCUUGUCGCUGAGCUUGUUGACUUUGCUGCUGCCUGUCGUCUAGACUUCACUGCCAGUCUUGUUACUGAGUCUGAGUCUGUCUGUCCUCUGUCCGUCGGGGGUGAGUGUGCUCUUAGCACGGACGUCCUUGAGGACAGGCAGGAGGAGUUCCAGUGCCUUGCUGCUGCUUUACCUCAUCUUGUGUCCUCGCUACUUGCCCCUGAGGGAGACCCGGAUGCACCAGACAUCCCGACUCCGCGCUCUUACGCAGAGGCGAUAGAGGGUCCCUACUCCUCUCAGUGGCAGGCAGCCAUGGACGCAGAGAUGGCUUCCUGGAAGUCCACAGGCACCUACGUUGACGAGGUUCCCCCACCUGGGGCGAACAUCGUCAGUGGCAUGUGGAUUUUCAGGGUGAAGCGGCCGCCGGGUUCUCCGCCUGUCUUCAAGGCGCGUUACGUGGCUCGAGGCUUCAGUCAGCGAGAGGGAGUUGACUUCUUCCAGACCUUCUCCCCCACCCCGAAGAUGACCACUCUUCGGGUGCUGCUGCACGUUGCUGCUCACCGUGACUACGAGCUUCACUCUCUUGACUUCAGCACAGCUUUCCUGCAGGGCAGCCUGCACGAGGAGAUCUGGCUGCGCCGCCCCCCGGGCUUCACUGGGUCGUUCCCUCCUGGUACCCAGUGGAGCCUCCGGCGGCCGGUCUACGGUCUCCGCCAGGCGCCACGUGAGUGGCACGACACACUGAGGACUAUGCUUGCGGCUCUUGGGUUUGCGCCUUCUACUGCUGACCCGUCGCUGUUUCUGCGCACCGACACUUCCCUGCCGCCGUUCUACAUCCUCGUGUAUGUCGACGACUUGGUUUUUGCCACUACUGACACUGAGGCUCUCGCCCACGUGAAGUCAGAGCUGCAGAAGAGACACACGUGCACAGACUUGGGUGAGCUGCGCAGCUACCUUGGCUUGCAGAUCACCCGAGACAGAGCACGUCGCACCAUCACCUUGACUCAGUCACACAUGGUGCAGCAGGUCCUUCAGCGCUUCGGCUUCACCUGGUCUUCAGCACAGGCCACUCCUCUGGCUACAGGUCACACGCUCUCAGCUCCACCUUCGGACGAGUCCGUAGAGCCGAGUGGUCCUUACCCAGAGCUAGUCGGCUGCCUCAUGUACCUGAUGACUUGCACUCGACCUGACCUCGCGUACCCUCUUGGUCUCCUGGCUCGCUACGUGGCUCCUGGUCGGCACCGACCUGAGCACAUGGCUGCUGCUAAGAGGGUACUGCGUUACUUGUGCAGCACAUCAGGCAUGGGGCUAGUGCUUGGAGGGACGAGCCCAGUUGUCCUCACUGGGCACUCAGACGCUUCUUGGGUUGACGACCUGGCUACUCAGCGGUCGUCACAGGGUUACACCUUCAGCCUUGGCUCUGGUUCAGUUUCGUGGCGUUCUACACGCUCGACUUCAGUUCUCGGCUCCAGUUGUGAGGCUGAGAUCUACGCCACCGCCAUGGCUGCACAGGAGUUACGCUGGCUCACCUACCUGCUGACUGACUUGGGAGAGAGGCCUCGUUCUCCUCUAGUUCUGUACGUUGACAACAAGGCCGCCAUUGCCUUGUGUGAGGAGCACAGACUGGAGCACAGAACGAAGCACAUUGCUCUGCGGUACUUCCUGGCUCGAGAGUUGCAGCAGCGAGGCCAGCUUCGUCUUCGCCACGUGGCCACUCGGGCCAACACUGCUGACAUAUUCACCAAGGCACUUCCGUCUGGUGAUCAUCAGCGCUUUUGUACUCUGUUAGGCCUUGUGCCUAUGUUUCCACACUUGCUGUAG